CCCACUCCCCCCUCCUCUCUCUCUUUUUUUCUCUUAGCAGCAGCAGUAGCAGCAGCGGGACACGGAAGGUUUUCCCCCCGGCGGCGCAUCCCGCAGCUGGAGACGGAGACUCACUCAAACCAGUGAAGAAAUUCUGACUGAAGUGCGGAGUCUAAUCUUUCAGUGGACACCAAAUUUUGAUUUCAGCGCUCUGAGACAGUAGGACAGAAUACACACAAAGAGCAAACGGAGAAAAGCAGGAUGUUGGGGUCUGAAGGUGGUGGGCUGAGGGUGCGAUACUGGCUGACGCUGGUCUCAGGCCUGGUGGAGUGUUUGUGUUUCGCUGGGGCUGUGUUCGGAUGGGCCUCGCUGGUCUUUGUUCUAAAAAGCGAUGGCUACUUCAGCUACCUGUGUGUGAACAAGACAGUGAAUGGGACCAUCACUGAAGAUUGCAGCGGGCAGGAUGAACAGUUCUCCAUCAUCUUCACUGUUGCCUCCUUCAUGAAUAACUUCUUCACUCUUCCAAAUGGCUUCCUGUUUGACCAUUGUGGUACCACAGUGACCAGACUGGUGGGGAUAUCUAUCUACACUACUGGGGCCUUGCUGAUAGCCUUUUCAGAUGCUGCACUGUCGAUCCUCCUCUAUCCUGCACUUUCCUUCAUUGCUGUUGGAGGGAUACUCUUCUUAGUCACUAACAUGCAGGUGGGGAAUCUCUUUGGAACCCAUCGCUCCACUAUCAUCACGCUGUAUAAUGGAGCAUUCGACUCUUCUUCUGCCGUUUUUCUAGUGGUCAAGCUGCUGUUCCAAGAUGGAAUUUCCCUGCGUUCCUCCCUCAUCUUCCUUUCCAGUUGUAGUGUGCUUCAUCUGAUCCGUACCUUCCUGUUAUUGCCUCGCUCACACAUACCAUACCCUCUUCCAGAAAACUACAGCUAUGGGCUGACAUGUGGAAAGGCGGAGAGGUCUCCCACUCCUAAAAACAGAACUGCUAACGGCAACAUCCAGGAUUCCCAGGUUAAUGAGAGAACACCAUUUCAUUCAGAGAAUUCCACAGAAGCCUCCAAAACAGAGACAGCAGUUACAGAGCGAAGCUUUAAGAGCUGCAUCCUCUCCUGGUUCUUCUUGUGGCACCUGCUAUGGCUGUCAGUCAUGCAACUGAGGCAUUACCUGUUCAUUGGGACACUUAACCCUAUGCUCAACCGCCUUACAGAUGGAGACCCUGCACUAGUGAGCACCUACACGAAUGCAUUUGCCAUCACCCAGCUUUGUGGAAUACUUUGUGCCCCUUGGAAUGGGCUAAUCAUGGAUCGCCACAAAAGAAAACCAAGAGAAGAAGGCCAGAGUGAGACUGAGGCAGACCUGAAAGCAGCCAUACUGUCUCUGUGUUUGACAGCAUUGCAGUGUGUGUUGUUCUCACUGUGUGCUGCCAUUCCUGUCUUGCCGCUGCAAUAUCUCACCUUCAUCCUACAAGUCCUCAACAGGUCCUUCCUCUACGGAGGCAAUGCUGCCUUCAUCAGCUUGGCUUUUCCUCCUGCACAUUUUGGGAAGGUGUAUGGAACAGUGAUGGCUCUCUCAGCUGUGGUGUCACUCCUACAGUACCCCUGCUUUGCUCUCGUCAGUGGACCUCUUCGAGGAAAUCCCUUUGCUGUCAACGUUGCUCUGACCAUCCUGAGCUGCCUGGCCUUUAUCCACCCUUUUUACGUUUACCUGCACUGCCGACGUCAAGCAGCAGAACGGGCCAAGAAAUCUACCUCCUCAUAGAAACAAAACCCAAAGGGAAUGUUUCUUAUUGAGCCUGUUUUUUUUUUCCAGGAAAUCUCGAAAUAAAUAUUACUAUAAGAUUCUUUAUGGCAUUAAUAUGAAAGCAGAAUUAGCAUAACAUUAGAUGUUGUAUAUUUUUUAUGUUUGUCAGGAUACAAGUAGCCUUUCAAAACUCAGAAAGAUAUACAUAUGUACCCUACACUGUGAUUUUAUUCUCUGUUACUGUAUCACUUUAAGACUAGAUAUACUUCCUGUUUCAUGCAUUAAUGUAGAGAACUGGCUGCAUUGUGAACAUAGCUGUUCACAUUCUUGUUUUACUGGAAGCUUCUAUUAGGAGCCUCCGCUUGCCUCGGUAGCAAGGACACAUCAAACAGAUUCAGGUGGCUUUUCUUGAAAAUUGUCUGCCAAUUUGAUCCUGCUGAUUUCUGAACUGCCCCUACAGUUUUUUGUGUGUACUGCAUCUGUAGACAUCACAGUAAUUUUUGAGGAUAUGCAAACCGUCCCACCAAACGGAUGCAGGAUAAUUGAGGCAGCCUUGCUGUUUCUUACACAUUUUGUAAUAACCCCUUGUUCUCCUAAAAAACAAUUUCGUUAAGCUAAGCUGGUCCACAUGCACGUUAGGUGUUAGGUCAGGGUGGGGUUCCCCAACCAACCUCUAAAAUACUUAAAAGUAGGCAGUCCUGUUUUUAUCGUAUUAUCUGUUCCCUUAUUAACACUAGUUAACUAGUCCAGGAUCUAAAAGGGACCCAAGUCACUGUGCUAACCAGGUCACUAGUUGUCUCAGUGCUCAGUUUGAACUAGUUUGCUGCAGUAGAUACUCUAUAUAUACUGUAUGCUUUACACAGUGUACUUUGCACUAUUGAGAGCAAUAUGUGAACCAAUAUGGAUAAAGUUUACACACCUCUGAAGAAGUGUUCUUCUAAAUGAACUGUGUUCCUGUCACUGUAUGUGUAUAGAAUAUGUUUGCUGUCCUCUUCAAGUCACUAAAGGCAUUAUAUCCCAAAACACUGAUUACCCCCUAUGUGCUGUUUUAAAAAUGAUGAAUAUUAUUUUUAAAUAAAAUAUUGUUUAAUCUA